AUGGCGCCGAUGACUAUGAGUGACGACGCGUGCCGCGUGUGCGGCAAGGAGGAUGACGAGGAGUUCCUGGUGCUGUGCGACGGGUGCGACCGCGCCUUCCACACCGCUUGCGUUCAAGGAUGCACCUGCUGCAACACGAAACCGCGUAACAACUUUGCACGCAAGCCAGCGGUGCCCGAGGGCGACUGGUUCUGCAAGUUCUGUGCUGGUCGUAUCCCUGCAGUGGAGGACGGGAAGGCGCCUGUGUCUUCUGUUUUCGUGUGGGGGGACAACGAGGAUGGACAGGUUUGUCAUUUUUCCGGUCUGGCUCUCCCAGAUUCGGACGCCAAGGUGAUCUGGAAGCCCACCAAGGUGCACGAGCUGGACGGUAUUGGUAUCUUGGACAUCGCUUGCGGUGAGACGUGCACGUACGCGCUAUGCAAUGAUGCGAACCUGUACUCGGCUGGAACGGGCCUGAGCGGCCAGCUGGGCCACCAGGAUAUCAUGCACGAGAAGCUGGUUCACUUCCGCAUGGUGGAGUCCAUGACGGAAGACAAACGUUCCAAGGGCGAAGGAAGAUUCUCGCAGAUCCACGCUGGCUCCAAUUUCGGUAUGGUCAUCACGACCGAAGGACAUGCUUACACGUGGGGAAAUGGAGAACUUGGACAGCUAGGCCACCAGGAGAACAAGAAUAAGAAAGUGCCAAAGAAGAUUUCUGCGUUGAGAGAGCUUGAAGUGCCUGUUAAUCUGGCAACUUGUGGGAGCGACUUUGUCAUCAUGACAACCAAAGACAACGGCGACGACGACCAGUUUAACACCAAAAAGCCGGGCGUUUUCAUGAGCAUGGGGUCUAACACUCAAGGGCAGUUGGGCGAUGCGUCUAACAAGAACCAGUGGGUCCCGCAGCUGCUCAACAACGACGCUCCAGAAUUCACGAGCCCUGAAAACCAGGAUAUCGAUGAUCCUGCCGAGUUCUUGCUUGGUCGCGACAUCACGCAGCUAGCUGCCGGGAGAUCUCACGCUGCCGCGGUCGUUGCUGGAGCCUCUGGACGUGGGGCUACGGUGAUCGCGGUAUGUCAAAUCGGACACCCCAAGCCAGCUCCGAUUGCGGGCCAAUCGAAGUUUUUCCGCUCUCAAUUCCGUGUUCCUCGCCCUCGGUUUGUCCAGGCAUUCAAGAACGACGUGGUCAAGCUCGUCGCAUGCGGUGCUCAGCACACCCUCGUGCAUUUGACGGAUGGACGUCUGUUUGCUAUGGGCGACAACGAGUUCGGCCAACUCGGCAUUAAACGUGGCGAGACGUCGGAGGAGAACUGGGUGGAUACGCCCGUGCAUGUCUCCACGUUUGGGGCUGAAAAGGGUGUUAAGCAAAUUGGCUGCGGCGACGACUUCUCGGUGGUUUUAACGACGACUAACGACGUGUACACUUGGGGUCGAAACCAACUGGGCCAACUUGGACUGGGCGACGCACAGACUGAGCCACUGGACACGCCCACGAAAGUGCCCGAUCUCCCGCCCAUUCAAAAACUGGCGGUCGGUAUCAACCAGGUCUUCGCCAUUGAAUUCACCGACGUGACGCUCCCACCCCCGAUCGUCCGUGCUGCUGCCGGUAAGCGAGGAAGAGGUCGUGGCGCAGGAGCAAGCACCAAGAAAGCAAGAAAGUAAAUACCGCAAGGAAGAAGAGCGAAAGCAAAGAUGGCUUGUCGCUUUGUAGCAACUUAAUCUGCUUCAACAAGCCUUAAGUUGCGCUAACUCAUCUAAGUACGAAGUACGUUUUAGCU